AUGGCCAGCAUAGCCGAAUUGAAGCGUGAUGGGAUUGGGAGUCCAAUAGACCUGAGAAUCAUUCGGAAAUGGAGGCAUGAUGUGCGUCGGCAUGAGACCUGGUUUGUUGGUGUUGACAGAUUCGUAAGGAGAUGCGAUACAGAUCCUAGGACAGCGGACAAGUAUUACAUAGAAUCGGUGUUGAAUGUGUCAGAUUGUUAUACCAUCUCAGAUUACAACUGUCCCGAAUUAGACAAAUAUCAAAAGGUGUUGGAAAACGAUUUCUAUAUUGAUGUUGGUCUCAGUUCCGUCAUAAAACCAAUUCCAGACACAAUAACCAUCCCAACGACUUGGUUUCGUUUUGUCUCUAAACCACAGCUACUAGAACUUGGGGAACACCCACCAUGCUAUCCAGAUUUUAUUGGGAUGCUAUCAAAGAUAAGAGACUGCACAAAACAUGAUGGACAACCCUACGUUCUUAUCAUUCUCACUGAUAGCAGUGGUGAUGAAAUCCCAAUUAAUCUGUGGAGGGAAUGCAUAACGAACGCGACAAAAUUCAAUCGCAGCCUACUUGCCCCACCACCUGCAAUGACAGUAGUAGCAGUCACGAAUUUAAAACCGUAUGUUUCUGCAGGAUCAUUACGCCACGGUUCAUCACAUGCUACCCAUGUAUAUGUGAAUCCACAGAUCCCAGAAACGAGAUCCUUGAUGAACCUGUACAGUGGUCCAAAUCGUCCAUCAUCAAAACCUUCAGGGAUACCAGCAACCUUGAAAGAUAUCAGACAAAAAAAAUUGGACAUGCUGGACAAAACCUUUUUAGUAAGAGCAUCCAUUACAGAGUUUAUGUUCCAAGACAGCUGGUACCAAAUGACAUGCCCAACCUGCAGAGAUCCAAUAUUCAAAAGAGGUCCAGAAUGGUACUGCAGCGCACAUUCCAAGAUAGAAAAACCCUUACUAACGAACAGGUUCAGUGUUACAAUAACCGAUUCCACAGGCACAAUUCCAGCAAUCAUAUCUGACACGUCAUUUCGAAAACUGCUAAACAUGACUUUCGAAGAUAUACUAUCUGAUAAUACAUCUAUCAGCAAGAAGAGCCUGCCACAAGUAAUUACUCAGCACAAAGGAGAAAUAAAAACAAUGUCCAUCCAAAUGCUAAGGACAUCCAGUGACGAAAAUCUGCGAUUCAUCAUAAUCGACAUAGAGAUGCCAACGACACUUGCACAUCCAUCGGUACCCGUGACUCCAUCACAGCCACCGGUAACAAGGUCCACAAUCCAACACAACGCAUCCAUAUCGAAGAUAACCACAGGACAAGCUGCAAAGACCCUAACAUUCAACACGGAUGAUGAACCGGCGCCUUCAGGGGAUAUCAAACGAAUCCGAAAGAAAUAA